AUGUACGUACUUUUUGAGACACCAGCAGGUUUCGCCUUAUUCAAGGUAUUAAAGGAGGGUAAACUAAAGGAUGUGAGCAAACUUCACAAAGAAUUCGAAAAUCCAAAGAAAGCCGCAGAGAUUAUUAAAUUGAAGGCAUUCAAAAAGUUCAAGGACACAAAGGAGGCUAUGAAAUCAGUUGAAAAACUCCUUAAGGGAGAAAUGAGCAAAGGCCUCAAGAAAUUCCUCGACAAGAACAUCGUUUAAAAGGGAAUUGAAGAAGAGUUGAUGAUUUCAGACAAGAAGCUAGGCAAGGUCAUUACUGAAAAAUUGAACAUUGAGUGCAAAGCUGGAGAGAAAGCUAGCGAGCUCAUCAGAUGUAUAAGAUUCCAAAUGUCUUCUCUACUCGAAGAUAUUGACGAGAAGGAACUUAAGAACAUGAGUUUAGGUCUUGCUCAUUCCCUCUCAAGAUAUAAACUUAGUUUCUCAUCUGAGAAAGUAGACACCAUGAUCAUUCAAGCUGUCAGUUUGUUAGAAGAUCUUGAUAAGGAGCUAAAUAAUUAUGCUAUGAGACUUAAGGAAUGGUAUUCAUGGCAUUUCCCUGAGCUCGCUAAGAUUGUUACCGAUAACAUUACCUAUUCUCAAAUGGUUGAUUUGAUCGGUCAAAGACAAAACGUCAAGAAAAUUUCAGUUGAAAAGAUGACUGAAAUUCUUGGCAAUGAGGAUAUCGCUCAAGAAAUCAAGGAAGCUGCUGAAAUCUCUAUGGGUACAGAAAUCCUUAAGGAGGAUGAGGAGCACAUUAGAUCACUCUCAAAGUCAGUUUUCGAGAUUUCUCAGUACAGACAAAACCUUGCUGAAUAUCUUAAGAAUAGAAUGGCUGCUAUUGCACCAAAUCUUACUUAACUUAUUGGAGAACUCGUUGCUGCUAAGCUUAUUUCUCAUGCUGGUUCUUUAAUGAAUCUUGCAAAACUCCCAGCUUCAACUAUCCAAAUCUUGGGUGCCGAGAAAGCUCUAUUCAGAGCCCUUAAAGCUAGAAAGAACACUCCAAAGUAUGGUCUUAUUUAUAAUGCCAGUAUUGUUGGUGCUGCUAAGAAUCAAUUAAAGGGUAAAGUAUCAAGAACUCUUGCCAAUAAGUGCGCUCUUUGCGUUAGAUAUGACGCUCUUGGAGAAGACGUUGAUGGUAACCUCGGUAUGAAAAAUAAAGCUUAUCUUGAGGGUAGAGUUAAAUUGCUUGAAUCAGGAGGUAAAGUUAUUCAAUAGAAUGGAGGUGGUUAAAAGAAAUGGUAAGCCAAAGCUGAGAGCAAAGGAUAUAAUGCUUCAAAUGACUUCGUUGAUAAGAACGAAAGCAAGAAAAAGAGACCUAGACUUGAAUGA